AUGAAAGGCGUGGAGCUCUCCACAGGCUUCCAGAGAGCCGUGUGCUCGGUAUGCCGCCCUCGACGACCGCGCAGUGAUGCCAGCAAGCAUCUCGUCAAGCGCAUCCGAUAUCCCGUCUCCUCGGCCUCGUUCUCGACAUCCCCCACCAGACGCGCUACGGACCUUACGCCUGCCUCAAACCGUGGCAUCGCCGCAGCACCUUUCUCCUUUGGUGGCGACAGCGAGGAUUCAGGCCUUCUGAAGAGAGUCCGCGUCGUACCAGCAUCGCCGUCCUACUUCAGCGGAAAGCCCGACUUCACCGACAGCCUUCUCAGCCUACAGGCCCUGCUUCGAAAAUACCAAACUCUCCCGACCGUACCUGCAGGACAAGCGCCGCGAGUAGCGUGGAAGACAUUGGCACAGUUCAGGCUGUCUCUGAGUGAGCCAGUCAAGGCGGCCAAGUACCAUAAGAUUGUCGAAGUGCUGCACAGACUAAACCACAUCCACCCUUCUUUGAUGCCGGAGGAAGUUUUGGAGGCAUUGCAAAAGCACAAGCGAGACAUCAAUCCCUUUGAGAACGUGGCGAAUCCAAGGUUCAUCGACGGGUAUGGAAGAGCAUGGGGCACUGGAAGGCGAAAAGCGUCGGUGGCUACGGCCUGUGUGGUAGAGGGCGAGGGCGAGGUGCUGGUAAACGGGAAGACAUUGACGCAGUUCUUUGGGAGGCUGCAUGACCGGGAAAGCGUAAUCUGGGCGCUCAAGUCCACACAGCGGAUCGACAAGUACAACAUCUGGGCGCUCGUCAAGGGUGGAGGAACGACUGGUCAGGCAGAGGCUUUGACAUUGGCAGUCGGGAAGGCAUUAAUGGUACACGAGCCGUUGCUGAAGCCAGCGCUGCGUAGAGCCGGCUGCGUCACACGCGAUCCUCGGAGGGUUGAAAGGAAGAAACCGGGACACGUCAAAGCACGGAAGAUGCCUACUUGGGUCAAGCGGUGA